UCAUUCUCGAGUGCAUUUUGAUAGCUACCAGCCCAACUCUCAAGUCAGUAAAACUCAGAAGGCAAACCCUCGUCCAAGAGAGAAAAAAUCCGCGUCAAAUCGUAGAAAAAAAACCUCACACGUACUACCAACGGACGUCAUCUGAAAGCUCCCCGCAAAUGACGUCGCCAAUCACCGUUAAAGCACUGUGGAUCAACAAGUUUUUGCGAGGGCUCCUCGCUGCAGUUGUUGCCAGUCCAAGCUAACCUGCGCUCGCCCUCGGAUCUUCAAUUUCAAAAAGGCCGGACAGGCAAGUCUGCGACAACUUCGUAGGACUCAGUUUUCAUGCGAAUGGCCUCUUGUGCAGAAGUGUGUGAUUUGACGAGUACCUUGUUACAGAAUCAAGUCCGUGUCCGUUCGUUGAUUCGUUCGUACGUGUGAAUGAUAUCGUAGCCACGAAACGCCCAUCAGGACAAUUCCUCGUUGUGAAAUGCUGAAAGGCUACAAGAUGAAAGAGCCGGAUGGAGGAGGAGCAGGAGGUGCAUCUAUUCCCCCUACCCUCAACCACUCAACCAACAGCUUGGUGAAGAAGUUCGGAAAAGUGAUGUCGCGUCAAGGAAGGUUGAGCGCCAACCCUGAAAUAGCCUUUCCAUCGUUGAGCUCUUCCUUGGGAGGAUCAACCAUCAGCAUGAUGACCUUCGUGGAGGACCCACAAAUGGAGGAGUUCGAUUCUGAGGUUCUGGUGAGGGCCCCAAUGUCUCGGAAACUGGCCAGAUUGAAAUCUUCCACUCACCAAACGCGAUCGUCGCCACAAGCUCAAACAACGCUUCAAGAAAAAGACAAUGAACUCAAACGAUUGCGAGUUGAACAAGACAGACAAUUGGCAUCCAUCUGCAGACAAAUGUUGGCCUUGGAGUGUGGAUUGAGACGGAAGGAGAAGGAAUUGGAAAAUGCUCUCGAUCAAAAGGACACCAUCAUCCGGGAGCAAAUGCAUAUCAUCAAGUUUCUGCUGCAGAAGACGGGCACGAAAACCAGGAACAUUCGGAAGUUAAAGGACGAAGCUUUGGCCAAGAUCCCACAAGUUGUUCCCGCUUCCAAUUCCCCCACCAUGGAGGUGAUCUCCACAGUGUCACCCAUCCAUUUGACCACCAUACGGGUAAACUCUGGACCUCCAUCCUCGAGUUUGAUACCUAGGCGGACAUCGGGUUCCAGUGGCACCUCCUCCUCGUUCCAAUCCUCAUCCCCUUGUAUUCGAGAAGAAAACGAUAGCGACAGUGCAAUCAUCCUGGACGAGUCUCUCAACCGUACCAUCAGCUCGUCAUCAGAUUCUCUCACGUUGAACCGCCGCCUUUCAAGAAGCAUUUCGGAUGUGAUGACCAUCAAUCGGGAGAACCCCUUAACGGACACGUUGUGCUCCAAAUUCUCAGGCUCUGACUCUUUGGGUUCGAAACCGGCUUCGUCGUCAUCGGAUUGUGAGUGCUCGUAUUCAGUCUUGGGCGAAGAUACUCACAUUAGUCAGCAUGGAUAUUACAAUGAGUUCGAUUACUCGCAAUAUCGCGGCUUCCUCUUGCGAAACGGCAGUUAUGAGAGGUACAAAAUCAAAUCCCGACUGAGGAAAGAGAUGGUCGACCGCGGGGUUGACCGCAAGAAUUUGAGUGUAACAGCUGGAUCAGGCAGUGUCAAAAAUCAUGAGAAGACUUCUCUGUGUGAUUCCGACCCAACCAAUCGUAAUCAGUGUGCGACGAGCAAUACAAAAACUCAGGAUGAAGUGUUGAACAAUAAUAGUGGCCCGUUUUCCGCUCCUCAUUCAAGCAGUAAUAAUAGUAGUAAUAACAAUAAUAAUGAUAAUAAUAACAGUACUGGUGGUACUGGCUCUCUCUACGGUCCAAUUUCGUCAUCUGGAGCAUUGAGCCAACACCAGUCUGCGAAACACCGCCAUGUGACGAAACCUCGUGAUAUCAAAAACCGUCGUACUCGUAAAAUCACGCAUUCUUGGAACGCUCAUUACAACGCAGCCGCAGAGACAUGCUCGUCAGAAAAAGAUUUGAAAACCGAUCCAGAUGACUGAUACCUUAUUUGAGCAAUGAAUAUCGAGCAUUUAUAGGUUCCCCAAUGACGAAAUAAAUCUAUUGUGUACUAAUCGU